AUGGGUACUACCGCGGCCGCCCGUGACGGACAGAGCACUCCCAUGGGUACUACCGCGGCCACCCGUGACGGACAGAGCACUCCCAUGGGUACUACCGCGGCCACCCGUGACGGACAGAGCACUCCCAUGGGUACUACCGCGGCCACCCGUGACGGACAGAGCACUCCCAUGGGUACUACCGCGGCCACCCGUGACGGACAGAGCACUCCCAUGGGUACUACCGCGGCCACCCGUGACGGACAGAGCACUCCCAUGGGUACUACCGCGGCCACCCGUGACGGACAGAGCACUCCCAUGGGUACUACCGCGGCCACCCGUGACGGACAGAGCACUCCCAUGUGUACUACCGCGGCCACCCGUGACGGACAGAGCACUCCCAUGUGUACUAUCGCGGCCACCCGUGACGGACAGAGCACUCCCAUGUGUACUACCGCGGCCACCCGUGACGGACAGAGCACUCCCAUGUGUACUAUCGCGGCCACCCGUGACGGACAGAGCACUCCCAUGUGUACUACCGCGGCCACCCGUGACGGACAGAGCACUCCCAUGUGUACUACCGCGGCCACCCGUGACGGACAGAGCACUCCCAUGGGUACUACCGCGGCCACCCGUGACGGACAGAGCACUCCCAUAGGUACUACCGCGGCCACCCGUGACGGACAGAGCACUCCCAUGGGUACUACCGCGACACCCGCGACAGUACAUACUCGGGCAACCUACCACGGCCAUCCGUGUGGACGCCUCGACACUAACGCAUUACAAAUGUAA